AUGGAUCAAGCUGUUGUGGACAGUCCCGUUAUCCUCGUCAUCAAAGCCCCCAACCAGAAGUACGAUGACCAGACAAUCAACUGUUACCAGAACUGGACCGUGGAAAAACUUAAAGCCCACCUGUCUGAUGUGUACCCAAGCAAACCCUGCUCCAAAGACCAGAGGCUGGUUUAUUCUGGAAAGCUACUUUUGGAUCACUUUACCUUAAAAGAUGUGCUCAGGAAGCAGGAUGAGUACCAUAUGCUCCAUCUGGUGUGCGCCUCACGGACCCCUCCCAGCUCCCCAAAGCCGCCCCGCAGCCGCAGUAACAAGCCUCAGGAGAGCGCCACCGGUCCCACGGUCUCUCUAAGCUCUAAUAGUCCUGGUCAAGGUGGCCAAUUGUCAACAGGAGAGAUCAGCGAUGGGCUCAGGCAGAGAGCAGGACCCUCCCCUUACUACCAGAUGUAUCCACAGUUUGUGCAUAGCUGGAAUCAGUACUCACAGCAUACACCUCCCUCAAACAUGCCCACUUAUUACAGUCCCAUGACACUAAUGUGGUGGCAGCAGCUGUAUGCCAGGCAGUACUACAUGCAUUAUCAGUUACUGGUUUCCGCUCAUCAAAACGUAAGGCCCGACCAGCCCGCGGUUCAGUCAAACCAGUCUGAUUCUCCCAGCCAGCGACCGCAAGUGGGUCGCCAUGGCAACCCAGAAGUCCAGAUGAAUGCCCAAGGAGGGGAGAUCCUGAAUGAAGAGGAGCUCAACAGGGACUGGUUGGACUGGGUGUACACGUUCUCACGCGCUGCCAUCUUGCUCAGUAUAGUCUACUUCUACUCAUCUUUCAGCCGUUUUGUCAUGGUGGUGAUGGCCAUGUUGGUGCUCUACCUGCACCAGGCUGGCUGGUUUCCUUUCAAUCUGGAAAAUGAACUGCAGCUUCCAGGAGACAGAGCCGAUCAGGACGACAUGGAGGGAGACCUGCAAAACCACGAAUUACAAGAAAUGGAAGGAGUGAAUGAUGAUGGCUCUGAUGACGAUGGGGAAAGCGGAGAGGAAGGAGCAGAGGAUCCGAACAGUGCUCCUCACACCGGCUUCUUGUCCUCCACUUGGUCAUUCAUUAUCACAUUCUUCAUGUCACUCAUCCCAGAGGGGCCACAAAACGCAGCUAACUGAGCCCGAAGCCACUCAAGCCGUCACAUUUCUCUGCACAUUGUGUCUUUUAAAGAGGAGGAUUUAAAAAUGCCUCCUGUUUAGGGGAACAGUUUCUGUUGCAGUGUUGUAGUUCCCCCAGCAAUCUGCUCUUUGAGCCAAAACACGAGUAACUGAUUCAGCCUGAAGAAGAAAGUAAUUUAUCCUGGAGAUUUUUUUUGUUUGGGUGUCUGCAGGAAGAUGGAAAUUUUAAACUUUCAAACAACAUGCACGCUUGUUUAACUGCUAUGUACAAAGAUGGGUAGUAAUGCCUUGUUGAUAUAGAAACAGCAGGUAGUUUCGCACUUAAAAUAACAUCACUACUCAAUUUGACAGCUUUUUUUUUUUUUUUUUGGGAGAAGCAGCAAUAUUUGUUCAUACAGUUUUGCUUGAAUUGGUGGUUGUAAUAAAAUAACAUUUGAAAAAGGCCACUUUAAUACAAAAGAUAAAUUUCAGUGAAUAAUUGUCAAACAUGUAGCACCUAUAUUAACUCACAUGAGUGAUUUUGGUCUAAAAGUUGUAACCAGUGUGAUGCUGGCUACAUUUUUUUUUUUUUUACAAAACUGAAACAACGUACCACUUGUAAAAAAGCAAUGGGAUUUUAGUCAUUGUGGCAUUGAGAGGACAACGUUCCUACUGUUAAAUGACGCACUGCCAUAACGCAGAAUUCAUGUAGGACCAAUGGUAAGCCUCUGGAGUUUAUAUAAACGACUGCUACUGUUACUGUCAAUGUUUCGUGAACCAAGAAUUAUAUUGCUGUUUAUUAAACUCCAUCCAGUGUA